AAAAUUGGUAAAUAAGUAUUCCCUUAAUCCCUUUGCCUAUAUCUUUGUUUAAUUCUCUCGUCUCCAGGAGUAAAAAGAGACAAAAGAAGGGGGUUAGCAGAGAGAUGGAGGAGCAAGAAUUUCAACGCCUUCUUGAGCUCUUCCCAGCCGUUCGCUCUCCAGAUUUUUACCUUGAUUUGGAUGCAUCAAGUCAAUCAACUUCACAGUCCGAGCAGAAAGAGGAGCUGUACCAGGUGAAGCAAUUGCAAGAUGAUCAGAGUAAGGGAGGUAUAGAGUCCAAUACCCGAUCAAAGGGCCAUGGUGAAGCAUUUUGGGGCAAACUAAAAGCAGCUGCAGAGAAAAAGAUGAAUCCAGCAGAAGUGGAAGAAUUUUGCAAGGCAUUUCGACAAGUUUACAGAAAACUUGUGGAUGAAGAACUUAGUUUGGAAGCUGCACGGAACUUGCUGAGCUCAUGAAUAUUUUUUUUUUCUCCGAACUGUUUUUACUUUUAGUCACUUGAUGUUCUGGAUAUAACUGUUGUGUAACAUCAUGAUGUAUUAUUACAUACAUUGAGUUAUAUCUUUUUGCCUUUUUCUUAGUGAAA